AUGGGGGCACAUGCUAUUGUGAAGGUGGUGUUUGGAGCCGCCACCAAGUGGUCCAAACUACUUUCACUCCUGCUGCCGCCGUCACUGCGCCCACCGACACUACCAAUGUUGCCGGCUGAGCUCAUAGAGCUAAUCCUAUUGAGGCUUCCGGCCAGGUCCCUUGUGAAAUUCAAGAGAGUUUGCAAGUCAUGGAAAACCCUAAUCUCCAGCUCCGACUUCAUCAAGAACCAAGUUCAACUUUCAAUAAUGGCGGAACCAGCCAUUUCCGAACUACACUUGGUCUAUUCCAACCUUUUCCGAUACAUCAACUGCCAAAUUGGAUUUAUCCCCAUUCAAUCUCUGUUGGAGAACCUUUCUUUCGGUACCGAAGUGGUUUACUUCGCCGUGGAAGGUUAUAACGUGAACAUUACGGGCUCCUGCAAUGGGUUCCUAUGCUUAACCAAUCUUCCAAGCUUUGAUUUCAAAGUGAGGUUGUUGAAUCCUUGCACUGGAUUGGCGUCAGAAUGGUUGACACUUCAUUCUGAAUAUGACCAACAACAGAGACCUCUUAUCUCCACUUUUGGGUUUGGCUAUGAUCAUGUCAAUGACAAGUUCAAGAUUCUCACGGAUGGAACAUUUGUGACCGGCACCGGAACACUUAAUUGGCUAGCUACUAGAAUUGCAUCCUCUAUUACCUAUCCUGUCAAUCAAACUUGGAUAGUAGUUCUUUCUUUCAACUUUGGAAAUGAGAGCUAUGGUCAAAUAGCAUUGCCUAACGUUAAAGGCGGCAUGAUCCAUCGGGAGCCUGUGUUAGUAACGCUAAGGAAUUCUCUGUGUGUUUGUCAUGGAUACCAGUGUUCGGGGUGGGAUUUGUGGAUGAUGAAGGAAUAUGGAAAUGAAGAUUCUUGGACUAGAAUGUUGGUGAUCCCACAUGAGGAGCUUAUUCCUCAUGCUAUUGCCAUAAGACCAUUGCACAUAAUGGAAAAUGAUCUGCUUCUUGUUUUGGUAAGACGUCCUGCUUAUGCUUAUCGUAAAUGUUUAGAAUUAGUUGUGUAUAAUCCUACAAAUAAGGGUGAUAAGUUAGGAUAUCCUGUGAUCAACUACUACUCAUAUGAUGACAUGCCAGACUAUGAUGAUCCUCGCAGAUGCUUCCGUCUUUAUCGUGAAAGUUUGGUUUCACCAUCACACUAUGGUCUUAAAACUGACCAUAUGUGGCUCUAG